AUGCCUUACAACACCAGGAGGAAGUCGCUGUCGCUGCCCAUGCUUGGCAUCCAGCUGCCAAACAGCUCCCGAUCGUCAUCCCACCGCUCACCGCCCGCCAGCAACUCUGCCACGCCGCACGAACAAGCACCGCCGACAAAGAAAGUCAAGCGAUCUCACAGUCCCUCAAUCUCUGCCUCACCUGCGAGCCCUCCGCCCAAGAGAGAAGUGAGGUUUCACGAUGAGCAACCGAAGAGCGCUGGAAGAGUGGCAGAACAGACUCCGCCACCGUCGCCAGGCAGAGACUCCGACGUCUACAAGGUCGACACCGAUGGUAUCAACGACGACAUCGUUGUGGGUGUGAUUCAGCAACUGGAGAAGACGGGCAACAGGCCUCAUCUUCUGAAGGAGCUCGCUGCAGUCCUCGCCAACGGCCUGCCGAUCGUCGAAAGCUCUGCAAACCCAUCUGCCAUCAUCUCGUCGCGUCUGGCGUCCUACCUCAAGCGUCCCUGGACCGCUCUUUCACCCUGCCCGGUCGGCAAGGAGCUGGUCGGCACCCACCCGAAGCGCAUCUACUUCUUCCUCACAACCUCGCCUCAUCAGUCGAUUCCCGACGCUCCUGAUGCCGUCUCGGCCGUCGCUAUGAACCGCAUCAUCUCACCUUCACUUUCAUCCGCUGCCGACGACGAGGAAGAGCGAGCAGCGCGCACUCGCGAGUCCAUGUCGCCUGAGGUUGACCUCUCCUCACCCGAGCUCGGAGACACCGAUGCGCACCUCGAAGCUUCACUCGACUCGCUCUCCGGUCGCAGCUCCUCACAUCCACCGACUACCACCAACAUCGCGCACAACCGUCGCGCUGCCAGUCCUCCGCUCGAACGCGAGGAGCGCGAGUUCACCCAGACAGCUAGCUCACUGCAGCAGCGCAGUCGCAGCCAGAGCCAAGCCACCAUGAUGGACGCACCGCUUACCGAAGAGCUUCCCUCAGGCGUCGACGUGCAGAUGCACGACGCCCUUCCCGGCGCCUCUGACGAGACAGAGGAAAGCGCAAGAAUCAAGAACAGCGAAGCCAUGAUGGCGCUCUUCGGCGAAGGCAUCGUCCCGCCAGGCAUGAAACUCAUCACCCUCAGCAGCCCGUUGCUGAAGCCGCAGCUGACUGUGGAAACGAUGAUCUCGCUCGAGGAGGACCUCGGCGACUUGUAUGACCCCGCUCAGAUCCGCAUGGGGUACGAGUCUCCAGCCAGAGAUGACGAAUUCAAUCUGUCGGCCUAUUACGAGGAGAUGGGCUGGCUCAAGGAGAUGAGGAGUCCGGAGGCUGUCGAUGUUGAGGAGAUGGAGUCGCUGUUCUUGGAGAAAGAAUGGAGGUUGUGA